AUGACGCUCCAGGUCUCCAUCGGGCGAUUUUCCCUCACCGUGCCCGCCCAGCCGCUGACCGCAUCCGCCUUUGCCCCCUUUGGCGAUCUCCCCUUUGACGCCGUCUCGGCGAACCAGGGCACCGCCAUCAAGUACCAGCACGUCUCCCGCCCCCGGAACCUCUACGCCCAGGCCCCCAGCGCCGUGCCCGCCGAGAUGGUCAUCAACAUGUUUGAGGCGGCAAGUAGCAGGGGAACGAGGACGGGAGAGGCCCGUGAGCAUCGACGCGCAGACCCAGACCGUCGACUCCCCGGCGUGCUGCACGAGGACGUGCGCGCCGAGGACAUCCCCUCCGACGACGACCAGUCCCUCAUCGAGGAGCUGGCCUCCCCACCGCCCGCCCCUACUCCUCCCUCGCCGCACCAGCCCCGCGCCCUGUCCCUCGCAGAUGCGCGCGCCCACCAGUUCCCCGUCACCAUCCUGGAGAGGCACCCCUACACCAGCCAGACGUUUAUCCCCCUCUCCUCUCCGCGCCGCAGGGCCGCCUACCUCGUCAUCGUCGCCCCCACCAUCUCCAACACCCCAGACUACCCCGCCAUGCCCACCCCGCGCGGCCGGGGUCUGCCCGGCCCCGGCCUCCCCGACCUGAGGAGGUUGCGCGCCUUCGUCGCGUCCGGCGACCAGGCUGUCACGUACGGCGCGGGGACCUGGCACGCGCCCAUGGUUGUCUUGGGCCGGGCCGAGGACAAGGUUGAUUUUGUCGUCGUGCAGUUUGCGAACGGUGUUGGGAGGGAGGACUGCCAGGAGGUUGUGCUGCAGUCGGAGGCGCCGGAGGGCGGUGGUGUGCAUGUGGAGAUUCGGGGGAUUCGGAGUUAG